AUGUCCCCGACUUACACCACUUCACCAGCUCAGCCCGCUACCGACACGUCUCUGAGCGCGCUACUCGCGUCGCAACAGAUGAACGGCCAUCCGCAGUCAAUGGACGCUCGCCAGCAGGAAUACCAACACCAAGCUCCGCUCAAGCAAGAGUACUCGCAGCAGCCAGGUUUGAAUUCGCCCUACGCUUCCUCGUCCUAUACCGGCAACCUUUCUGAGACCCUGUCCUCCCCAGACCAGAACCAAGCUGCCCAUUACCACCCAGACUCUGCGCGUUCUGCCUCAUUCCCCGAGUAUCAGCAGCAACCUCAAGGCCAGCCGCAACAAGCCCAGCGACCAUACCCCGAGCAGGGCGCUCCUCGUUACCAGCAGCCAGGUGGCCACCCACACGCCGCAAUGGCUCAAUCAAGUCGGUCCAUGCCUCUUGCCAGCGCGUUGCGCGACACGCGUUCUGACUCGGCCAUUGCCAUAGAUCCCACGAUAGCCGCACAGAACCCGCAAUACCCUCAGCAACACGCAUACUCUCCAUACCCUCCCCAGCAUGAGAUGCACCAAUACCCUGGGCAGCCCGGCCAGCCCAUGUACGCGCCGCGCCCCGAAUGGGGGCCUACCACGCUCAACCUAUGCACUACCCCGUGUCAGCCGCCGGUGGACCGCCAGGAAUGGCAGCCGCCGUCCCCAGACCUCCAGGUAAUUCAAAGAAAUCCGCAAGGAGUGGAAGGCCAAAAGAAGGAGGAGGAAAAUGCUCGCAAGCAGGAAGAGGAGCGUCAGCGUCAGGAGGCCGGCCGUGCUGCCCAGGAAGCCGGCACCCCGACCCAGCCCGCCCCGGCACAGUACCCCCAACAACACAUGAUGCCUCCUCAGCCCAUGAGCAGUGCUCAACUACCGCCCAUCGGCUACGCUCCCGCCGCUCCACCUACUCCUCAGCAAUACACUCCGUCACAGCAGCAAGUAGACGGAGCACAGCCCUACCCGGCCGGCCAGAUGUACACCAACGGAGGCUAUCCUCAAAGCCCAUAUGCCCAGCAGGGCGGCCAGAUCUACCAGCAACGUUAG